AGUUGAGGGGAGUUUCCUGCAAGCUCGGCUUCCUCAACAUGGCAGCUCCCUUAUCAGUGGAGGUGGAGUUCGGUGGUGGCGCGGAGCUCCUGUUCGACGGAGUAAAGAAGCAUCAGAUCACCUUGCCUGGACAGGAGGAGCCCUGGGACAUCCGGAGCCUCCUCGUCUGGAUCAAGAAGAACUUGCUCAGAGAGCGGCCAGAGCUGUUCCUCCAGGGAGACAGUGUGCGGCCAGGAAUCCUGGUACUGGUUAACGAUGCCGACUGGGAACUGCUGGGCGAGCUGGACUACCAGCUUCAGGACCAGGACAGCGUCCUCUUCAUAUCCACGCUGCACGGCGGCUGAGGGCCCCUCUCUGUGCCUGGGCCCUCCUUGGGGUGGGGAGAACCACCAGACCUCCCCUCGGGCCCUGCUUCCAGAGCUCCCUGCACCCCUUGGCUGCUUUCUUCCCUGCUCUGUCCCCUCUGCUCCCUCCAGGCAGGGAAAAGAGGGCAGGUGCUAAAAUGAGCCUUUCGCAGGCACAUGAGCAGGAGAAGGCAGGCAGGCAGGCGCCUGAGCCCAGCCCUCCCUCCCCCAGCAGCUGAGGUGGGGGAGGGUGCCCCUCUGGUUUGUCCAGAGUAGAGGGGGUGCCUGGAGCCAGGUGACCCAGCGGCCUUCCAUUCCUAUGUCUCAGUCUGAACACUGAGUGACCACUGACAGGCGCUCCAGCUCCAGGUCAUAAUGUCUUCGUGGGAAAGAUGAGUGGUCCUCAACAGCUGAUGGGAUGCCCCCUCCCUGCCCAAACACUGGAGCAGUCCCCGCCUCAGUUUCCCCAUCUGGACAGUAGAGGGCUCUGCCUGUCCCCCACUGAUGUCAUUAUGGAACCCCAGCUGGGGUCCCCUAUUCAGUGCUGACCCCCUGCCCACCACCCAGCAGCUGCUCUUCCAACCACACCCCUCCUCCUGCUCCCCCCAUCUCCAGCCCUUGACCCUGGCUGGCCUUCCCCCUCCCCCCCCACAGGCCACCAGAUGGGCUCCUGAGACCUUCCCCCAGCAAAAGGCUGCCUGCAGCCCAUUCUGGAGAGGAAGAAGAGGGCUUAACCUUGGACUGGCAGAGGCCUGGAAGGGUCAGUGUGCCUCAGUUUCCUUCUCAGCAACAACUGAUGAAUUGCAGUGUCUGAAAAUGUGGGUGAUACUGAUGUCCCAAAUUAGUCUCUGUCUCCCUUUCUGCCUCCUGCGGGAAGCAGGAGCGGGGCAAGCAGCACCUGGGUGGGCAGUGCAGCUCACCCCUCCUCCCUCCAUCCCUUCUGGAAAUCUUGGGGCCUCAGGGUCUGCAACAGCUGGCCCUGGGCAAAUAAAAGACUAGGUUGUUUACUA